CGCGCCACUUCUUCUUCUCCUUCUGAAUUAAAAUUUUCCAAAUCCCUAAUUCCCCACUCUCGAUCUUCUCCGAUUUUUCCCUUCCCUAAAUCUCGGUGUCAAUUUCUAAAUUUUUCCCUUUUUUUAUUUAUUUUUAUGAUCAUUAGAUUUCGAUUAUACCCGUUUCACACAUAAAUAUUUUCUCUGUUUUUCAUUUGGAAAUUCUAGAUUCUAUUAUCAAUUAAUAAAUUUGUUUCUUCGUCACUACUACCCACCCAAUUCCCACCCCAGCUGGACACGAUCUUUCUCCCCACUUGCAAUUAGAUUUAAAAUCCAAUUACUGGAUUAAUUAUUUAUACAUACAACACCACGACCACGAGCUUGUAUUUCAUCUGAUCUCUUUUUGUUUUGUUUUACAGGGAAAUGAGUAAUAUAAGAAGCUGGAUUAAGAAGUGAGCGAUGAAGAAAAGUCAAGCAAAACGACAGCGAACCCCGAAGAGAGGACCUGGUGUUGCAGAGCUCGAGAAGAUCUUGAAGGAGCAACAACAAGGCGGCCAAGAUUCCGGCACGAAUUACCAGCCGCCGCCGUCUUGGCCGCCACAUCUACUGCCGUUGCUCCCAAAUCUUGAACUCCUUUCCGGUGGGCCCGAAAAGGCCUUGUUUCCAACAACACCCGUCCUCGGGGACAGUACAAAAUCGUCGCUGCCUGUUCCUCCAGAUUUUUUCCCUAAUUUCCAGUCUUCUCCUUCCGCUCUCGAUUUCUAUAAUUCAUUGGUGAAUAAUAAUAAUAUUAUUCCAGGCUCUGCGUCAGCCACGUCAUCGGCAGCAACGGCAACGGCAACGGCGAGACUGUUUCAUCAAAUAGAGCACCCUUCAAGCCAAAGAUCUACUCAUUUCAGCAACUUAUGGACCUCACCAGAGGAACAAGAAAAGAUUGUAUGUUCAAAGAGGCCUCGAGCGUUGGGAGAAGAGAUGAGAGGUGGAAUAAUGUUGACAAUGAAUAUGAAAGAAUCAUCUUCCUCUUCUUCGUCUUCCUUGGAAAUUAAUCGAACUGCUACUCCUUUCAAUUUCGAUCCAAAUCUCAGAGUUACAAAAAGGGGUUUUGGUGGGCAGUUAAUGAGCUCCACAAGAAGCAGUCAGCUGCAAGCAGAAGAAAUUAGCAAUUUCAUGGCAUUAGGACCUUCUUCUUCUUCAUCAGCUCCAAUUCCAAAUGAAUUUCCAGAGUUCAAUUUCCGUAUCGCCCAAGAAAUUAUGGAGGGUUCGGAAAAGAGAGCAGGAGGAGGAAGUGGCUCAGUUAGAUACAACAAAAUUAUGUUUAACUCCUCUUUCCAUGAGUCAAAGUUAAAGGGCAGCAAAGAAGCCGCUAUCGGCUCCUCGUAUAAGGGCGCGGUUGAAGCCGGAGCCGGAGCCGGAACCGGAACCGAAGACGAAAGAGAUGGCGUGGACCUCGAUUUGAAGCUGUAAGUCUCAAUUUUGGGUAUCUGUGUUGUACUGCAAAAUGCAAACUCACUGAUCAACACUCUUAAACUUCCCCAUUUAGUUUUAGUUUUAGUUUUUUUUGUAAGGGGAAGACAUUUGGUGGACACUUAAUUGUUCCAGUAUAUGUUACUUCAUAGUUUCAAA